AUGCACGUGGCAGGGAGAUCGAUGGCCCGAUGCAAGGGACUGUUGCUCGCGGGACUCGGGGUAGCCACGUGUUUGUUGGUGGUUCUCAGCGGUGUGACCUUCGUGGGCGUACACGAGCGCGUCAGCAGUGGGACCGCCUUCGCGUUGUCGUGCGUUGGGAUGCUUGGCCUCGAGGCGGUAGUUGGGCUUGGACCGGGGCCCGUCCCGUGGAUGUACGGGCCGGAGGUGUUACCUCUCACCGUACGGGCCCCUACUUUAGGUUUCUGUCUAGUGUUUAAGUUUGCUAGUGGCAUAUUGUUAGGUUGGACUUUUCCUCAGCUCUACUUUACUUUUCGUCGAGCCUGGUUAGGGUUCCUCGUUGCAGCUGGGGUUAUCGCAGCUUUUUUCUCACUCUCUUGUAGGUUAGUUAGGAGGACUACUUGUAGGUUGCUCAUGGAUGAGCCUGAUUAG